AUGUCGGCUAGAACACGCAAACUCGACGAGCAAGAUCACAAGAUCCAGCUUCUAAACGAACUCGAUGCGGGACAUAUCUUCUCGAAUAAGGCAGUUGUACGAUCGGUGAAUAAGCGCCUCGACGUUGGAGAACUUGGCCUCGACUCGUCCUUGCUCGCAGGCACCUUCGAAAGCAAGGCACCGAACUGCGUUGAUAGCACAGCUUUCGGUCGGAUAUUCGCAGUCUUUGCUCUAGACAAGUAUCCUGAGGGUAUACGCCAGUCUCUAUUGUCAGGGAGGAUCUUCUGUGGGCCAGAGAGCGUUGAGCCAGCGGCCGUCGCAGCCAAGAUAUAUCGUUUACUGGACCACAUCCUCUUCACGAAUUAUCGAUGUUCUCGUUUCCAUGAGCCAUGGCCGCUUCGAAGGCCCGGAAAGUAUCCUCCGCGGCUGCGGGCAUACGAAGUCAAAACGAGACAUACCAUCCAAUCGAAGAACACGGAUGACUAGAUAAAAGCAGAGCCUAACGCAAAGCGGUG